UAAACCUUCUAAUGUCGAGAGAAUAUAUAACACGCUAAGUAACAAAUCACGUUUCACUGUUAUGUCAAUAGUGGUUGUGUCCGUUUCAAAUGUAUUAUUACAGGCUCAGAUUAAGAGGCCGUUAACGUCAACAGUGAGGACAAACCCAGCCUGCUUCUUUCCUUCAACACCGAGUCUGAACCUACAGUCACUGGGUCCUGAUUGUGACAGUGGAGCCCAGUUUGCACUGCAGGAUCCAGAGAUGGCAUCAGUGAAUCUGGAAGACUGCAGUCAAACACUGGAGCUGAAUGUCAUCAUUAAAGAUGAAGAAGAGGAGGAGGAGAUUGGUACAUCUGUUAGUCAUGGGGACCAUGUUGAGACAUUCUCUACAUCCAGAGAGCAACAGCAGGAGGGUCACAGAGCUAAGAGGUCUCACCACUGCCCACAUUGUGAGGAGAUUUUCCCAAUUCUAUCAAAGCUAAAAAUACAUCUAAAAAUACACACAGGAGAGAAGCCUUACUCCUGCUCCGACUGUGGGGGGAGAUUCUCCCGAUUGGAUACCUUAAAAUGUCACCACCGAAUACAUACAGGAGAGAAGCCUUACUCCUGCUUUGACUGUGGUAAAUGCUUUAAAACAUCAACUGAGCUAAAAUCUCAUCAGCGAAGACACACAGGAGAGAAGCCUUACUCCUGCUCUGACUGUGGAGAGAGUUUCUCCAGAUUGGAUACCUUAAAAUGUCACCAACAAAUGCAUACAGGAGUGAAGCCUUACUCCUGCUCUGAAUGUGGAAAGAGUUUCUCUCAACAGGGCAACUUAAAAACACACCAACGUAUACAUAAAGGAGAGAAGCCUUACUCCUGCUCUGACUGUGGGAAAGGCUUUAAAACAUCAACUGAGCUAAAAUCUCACCAGAGAACUCACACAGGAGAGAAGCCUCACUACUGCUCUGACUGUGGGGCGAGUUUCUCUCAAUUGAGCAAUUUAAGAAGACACCAACGCAUACAUAAAGGAGAGAAGCCUUACCACUGCUCUGACUGUGGGACGAGUUUCUCUCAAUUGAGCAACUUAAAAACGCACCAACGCAUACAUAAAGGAGAGAAGUUCUCUCAGACCAGCUAAGAUUAAAGUCACUCCAUCACUUAAUUCUCAUUUGAUAAAAGAAGUGGUAACAGUGAAUUGGAUCAAAUGAAGAAAGCGUAGAACACUGUAAUCUUAUUGUUUCUCACUGUGAGAGAACUGUGCAGAGGAAAAGGAUUGUUAUAGAAUGUUAGCCUCUCUUUACUGAUCAGUGUGCACCUUGUCAGUUUUGGUGUGUUUUGUUAGAUUCUACUGUAAACAUGUUGAGAUUACCUGGAUUUUCCCUUAGCGUUGAAAACCCUCUGAGGGAUCACUUGUUAAAACAAUGCAGUGUGAUGGUUGACUGGGUGGUACGGCUUCCUUCUGCAGUUUUCUGUUGGAAUGAGUUAGUAGACCAAACAUGUAUCAGAUAGAGAUGGGGUGAUGAUCAGUUUUCACCACUAGUUUGGGUAUAUUAUUUUUGCUAUUAAUCAACUUUGUUUAGUGAUAAACAGGCUUUGAAACAUCGACACUGAAAAAAUAUACAUAAAUGCAACAUGUUUUUAUUUUAUUUUUUAUUUCACCUUUAUUUAACCAGGUAGGCUAGUUGAGAACAAGUUCUAAUUUGCAACUGCGACCUGGCAACAUGUGAAGUGUUGGUCCCAUGUUUCAAGACCAGAAAUGUUCCAUAUGCACAAAAAGGGUAUUUAUCUCAAAUUCUGUGCUCAAAUUUGUUUCCAUCCCUGUUAGUUAGCAUUUUUUCUUUGCCAAUAUAAUCCAUCCAUCUGACAGAUGUGGCAUAUCAAGAAGCUGAUUAAACAGCAUGAUCAUUACACAGGUGA